AUGGUGGAGAUGGAAGCCAAAGCGGAUGCUAAUAAAAGGAAAAUCAGGCAGCCACCUUCGGUUCCAUUCCUAUGGGAGGUGAGGCCUGGAAUAGCAAAGAAAGAUUGGAAACCGGCGGAUUUUUCAGUUACUCCGACAACGUUACCACCUCCAACUCCAACUCCGAUCAAGCUUAUAGCUUCGGUACCCUUUAAUUGGGAGGAAAAGCCCGGUACUCCGUUGCACAGCUUCUCACAGCCAGCGGUGGAGCCGGCGACUCUGCCUCCACCUCCAGCUUACUCUCCGGCUCAUUUCAAUGGCUGCAUCAAAAAUGAUGAACAAGAGGCGUUCGAAAUGGAGCUGGAAGCAUUUGGUUUCAAAACAGAUGAUGCCUUUAGCUCUCCUCCAUCCACGGCGGUUUCCACCAUUUUUGCAGAGCAGAAAAUUUCCUCCCCAGUUUCGGAAACUGAUAGUGCGAGCAGCUAUGCAACUGGCGCUGCAAGCCUUGCAGGGGCUUCUUUCUUGGAACGCCUGUUUCCACUGCUUUCACCUCGUUCCGGUUUCCUCGAACACGAGUCUCGGGCUCGAAUAGAUUUCGAGCUCGAGACUAAUUACACCGUAGUCAUACGGAGGCCACCGACACUUGAAGAGCUGAUAAUGAUGAGCCGGAGGAGAAGCUAUCAAAGAAAAGCUGCUCAAAUAAGAGAGAAGAAUAUCUCUACGGAAUUUCUCGAGGAAAGAGCUCCUGGAUGCUGCAUCUUCGGAACUGACAUCGUUGAAGGAUUGCAAUUGAAGUUCCAACCAAGACUGAGAUUCUUCUAG